AUGACCUCAGCGUGGAUUGCAGAACGAGCUAUCUGGGCUACGGAUCACAUCAAAUUCAAGGCAAGAGUUGAGACAAUUAAGGACUGGCUUGGCACUUGCUUGACUGUUCAUGGACAGUGUCAUGUGCCAGAAGUUCUGCGUCCAGCACGGUUUCUUGCGCUUCAUACGGGUGCAGACAAUGGAGAUCUCAGACUAGUCAGUACAGCCAGCCUUCCCCAGUUGGAACACAUCAAAUACACAGCUUUGAGCCAUUGCUGGGGCUCAAGUACCAAUCACGCAGCUCGCACUACUCGGGAGAACGUCCACCAGAAGAUGACACAUAUCUCGUUUCAUUCUCUUCCAAAAACCUUCCAAGACGCCAUUACAGUAACCAGAGCGAUUGGUAUAGGAUUUAUUUGGAUUGACUCUCUCUGCAUUAUACAGGAUGAUGAUCAUGAUUGGGCGACUGAGGCAUCCAAAAUGGCCGAUGUCUACAGAGGAAGCCAUCUCACUAUAGCGGCUUCCUCGUCACCGGACGCAAAUGGAGGGUUGUUUCUGGACUCCCAAACCCCCGCGAAAGUUGUGCACUUAUCCCCUGAGUUAUUCCCACCGGAAUUCGAGAAAAGGCUCCCUAAGAGCUGCUUGGUUCGUCAUCCAGUAGCUUCAAGAGCAGCGAUACUUGACGGACCACUCAGCAAGAGAGCAUGGGUCCUUCAAGAGCAGAUUCUAUCGACUCGACUCAUUCAUUUUACCAAUACCCAGAUGUUCUAUCAAUGUACGGAUGGACUGUCCUCAGAGGAUGGCAACAUCCAUGAUAAAGGGGCGAGGCUCCCUACCCGAGUGGAACGUGUGAGUGAAUGGCGCUCUUCUUAUGCACCUAAGAGGCCAUUCCCUUGGUCUAGGUGGGUGACUGAAUUUAGCGCCCGUCCCCUCAGUUUCGAUAGUGAUAGGAUAACUGCUAUGGCUGGCUUGAUCGGCCACUAUGAGCACAUAUCGCUUCAACGGCCCAUGCUAGGUCUUUGGGAAGGGACUCUUUGGAUUGAUCUAGCCUGGUACAGCUACACCCCGAGGGAAAAGAAGCAUUGCUAUGACAAUGAUAAUUUCAAAGGCUGGACCUGGUUCUCAUCCAAGAACAAGCACAUCCGUAACUUGUACGACGACCUGGCUGAUGAUACAAUUGGGCUGGAAGAGGACAACGAAGUCCAGCUUGUUCACUUUGAUUGUGACUGGAAGGGACUUCCUUAUGCUUCGUCAUUGAAAAGAGCGGAGCUUACAGUAUCAGGUUCGCUUAAAGGUGUUAAGCUCCGGUCUCCUACAAAUCCCAGUUUGCCUUUCCUUGAUGGUGACAACACAUUCGAUACCAGACAAGGCUCUGAAAAUGGGGAGCCACCUGGGUUGUUGUUGUAUCUCGACAACACGCAAAUCGACUAUGGUCAAGAUCGAUUAUUUCUGCUCCGGCUUUUUGCCGUCAACGUUAAUGAUAGCAUUGCAGACAUGGAUGAUUUUGUCUUGUUACUGCGGGAAGAGCGUCAUAAGGACGAUACCGUAUUUCGUCGACUGGGAGCAGGCUAUAUGGCUAGACCACGGUCCGAGCCAUUCAUUCCUUUUGGUACUACUCAUCUGAGCUGUUUAGAUGAGCCAAUGGAUGAAGAAAGCCUCAAAGAGUUAUUCAAGCCCACAGAGGCUCCGCCUGCAUUUUUUGACGACGCACAUGUACAAGAAGUUACAUUAGUAUAG